CCUGUGUCUGCUUUGGCUCCUGAGUGCACCACGAUCACACCCGAGCUGCACGCUGGCUCGGUGUAGAAGGUGAUUUGGAGGGAUGAGGAGAGGAUGGGGAAUCGGAGGGAGGAGAGGAAGGGUUGCCAAGGAUUGGCUGGAUGCGGGAGAGAAAUGCACCGAAAGCGCCUGAGUGGGUUGCGACGCUGCACAGCGAUCAGAGCAGUCCAGAGGAAGAAGAGCGUUGGAUCUGGGUUGCAGGCACUGAGACACAACAGCAUCCUGCUUUGUAUCUCCUGCCGUGGUCCACCAGGAUGGAUCCUGAAGCCUGAAGAGCAGCUCGUCGUUCCGCCUUGAACUUCGCGAAGGAGGACAUCUAACGACAACAAGGAGGGUGCUUCGGGUUCAAGGAUUUGGCCAAAGGUGCCAGGUUGGGCACCAAAGCUGCAGCCCACAUCUCCUUCCUUGGGGCGGAUUCUGACCCUCGAGCAACCUAGACUGAGAAGAGACGGAAAACGUUCUAUUGGCAAAGAAGAGUCGGAGGAAGCCUCCAGUUUGAGUCUCCAGACCAUGGCCGAUGAGGAGAUGGAGGCCUUUGAGGUGGACACAUCCCGGAUGAGGCCGGGGCUCCCGCCGUACGACAUGGAGGACCACCUCCUGCCCAUGGAGCGCCGUGGGGCCUGUGCUUGUUGUGCGUGGGCCUUCCUGGUGGCGGCCAUGAACUCCUUGGUCUUCCUCCUGAACUUCCUCCUGAUGGCCUCCAUCUUUGCUGUCGUCCUCCUGCCAACCAUCGUGGUGGUCUUCUUCGGAUUCCAGUGUCACUCCCGGGUGCUCCACUCUUCGGCCUCCUAUUGCAAGACGCUCCUGGACGACAGCAGCUCUUCCGCCUUGAUCAUCCUCGGCUUCGUCAUCAUGUCUCCGCUCAUGGUGCUGGCCAUGGUGACCUACUGCCGGCUGGCGCGGCGCCUCCGCCUCUUCAUGUGCUUCCAGCCGUGCGCCCGGGCAACCUACAAGGGGGUGAAGUGGCCCUGGCGCGAAGAGGGUGGAAGAUGGAACAGCCAGGUCAAGGCCUGGGUCUAACUCCCCAGUGUAAACAAACGAUUGGGAUCCCAUCUUCUCCAGAUGGAUCCUGGAAUUGCCCCUUCCUUUUGGCCAUCCGUGGAUGUAUUGGCAAACUACAUUUCCUGUACGUGGCACUUUUUCCAACCAUAUUCAUGAAUCCACAAACAGUAUCCUUUGUGGCAUCCUUCGAUUGAACUGGCGAGCAGAGCUAUCAAGAGGCACCAAAUUGAAAGAUGCCUUCAGUCUCCACAUGCCUAGCGACACAUGUUUUGACACCUCAAACGUUAGACCUGUUUUGGGGUAUAUUUGACGUGCCGAUUCCAAAAAUGUCACCAGAUUUCCCCUAUCUGCUCUAGUUUUUGAGAUUGAGAACAUAGGCCAUGUCCACCACUCACCAUCUGCUCGCCACAGAUGACUGCAAUGCAAGACAUUUGAGGAAACAUUCAUGGAGAAGUCUAGAAUAGAGUAACAAGGACCCGUUUCCCUGUCCCUUUCCCAGAACCGAGUCCAAAACCAAGCUGAAAUGGAUCUAGACCAGUGUUCCUCAACCUUCCUAAUGCUGUGACUCCUUAAUACAGUUCCUCAUGUUGUGGUGACCUCCAACCAUAACAUUGUUUUCAUUGUACUGUUGAAGGCUUUCAUGGCCAGAAUUACUGGGUUGUUGUAGGUUUUUCGGGCUAUGUUCUAGAAGCAUUCUCUCCUGACGUUUCACCUACAUCUAUGGCAAACAUCCUCAGAGGUUGUGAGGUCUGUUGGAAACUAGGAAAAUUGAGUUUAUAUAUCUGUGGAAUAAUGUCCAGGGUGGGAGAAAGAAUACUUGUCUGUUUGAAUGUUGCAAUUGAUCACCUUGAUUAGCAUUUAAUAGCCUUGCAGUGGCAAUGCCUGGCUGCUUCCUGCCUGGGGGAAUUUAUUUAUUUAUUUACUUAAUGUCAAGGGGAAACCUUUACCUUUACUAUGGCCAUACUCAAGAAGCUUUCUCUCCUGACGUUUCGCCCACAUCUGAGGAUGCUUGUC